AUGGCGAACCCUGAGCUAGCGAUAGCCAAGGCCUCUUUCAGUGCCAUCCUCUUCCGCAAAGAGCCUGUCUCUCUCACCCGGCCCGAGAUCGAGAGCUUCCACACCCUCCUCCACGACGCGAUACACCAGUGCUCGCCGGCCAACGUUCAGAAAUGCAAGCGCUGGAUCCUCAAGAACCUGAUCUCCUCCCCAGCGCGCGUCAGCGCCGUCGGCAAAUACCUGGCCGCCCUCUCCAAUUCCCUUCCCGAUGAUGCAAAGACGAAGCCCUCUACGCGGAGGAAGCGUCUGCACGUCCUGUACAUCAUCAACGACGUGCUCUACCACGUCGCCGUGCGGGAUCAGGACGCGCGCUUCGCGACCGCCCUGGAGGCCAGCCUGACACCCCUGCUCCACGGCGCCGCCAAGUUUCGAAACUGCCCCAAACACGCAAAGAAGCUGGAGGAGCUUCUGGCGCUGUGGGAGAAGCACAACUUCUUCUCCGCGACCGUCAUCAAUGACCUUCGCGAGACCGUCAAAGAAGCGCCCCAUGGCGGCAAGGUGUCAAAGGGAGGACAGGACCAGACGGGGUCGAAUCUCAGCUCAAGGCCCACCAAAGAUGCGCCCUACAUGAUCCCCUCGAUCCAUGGCGACCCCAACACACCCUGGUUCGAUCUACCGGCCGCGAAUUGGCUGCCGCACCUCACACCGAACUCGACGAAGCCCAUGAACCCAGACAUGAUCAAACCACUGCAGCUCGCCCCAGGCCCGGCGGACAAGGCCCUCGCCAAGGCGGUCAAAGACUUGCUCGCCGACGUCGAGAGGCUUUACAACCCAGGCGCGCCCCCUCAGGACGAGCAAUUGCAGCACACAGACCUCAGCGAGAUGGGCGAGCGCGUCGUUCUAGACGAGAUCACGGGCGAGGUCGUAGACGGGGAGACGUACUACGGGUGGUCCCGCAGAUUCUGCGAGAAGAUGAAGCAGCGGAGGAGGAAGACCAAGGCUGGAGGAGCCGAUCGCGGCCGUGAGCGAUCCGACUCCAGGAGCCGUUCUAGGAGCUUCUCCCGUGGCCGAUCCAGCAGGAGCGACUCUCCGCCAGCCUUGAAACGACGCAGACUCUCGCCGGACUCGCGGACUCCCAGCCGCAGUCGGAGCCGGGACCGCCGCCGUAGCCCUGAGCGCGGCGGUCGUUACGAUUCUAGAGAUUACAGCAGGUCGCGGUCGAGGUCGAGGUCGCGUCCUCGGUACAGGUCGCGGUCAGGGUCGCGCGAUCGGAGCCCAGCGAGACAUAGGGGCCGCGCCAACGCGAGCAGGUCACCGCUACCCCCGCCUGACCGAGACAAUCGGCACAACCCAGACUUCGGAUCCGGCCACACCACCGGCUGGGGACAGCCGCACCAUCAUCAGCCGCCUCCGCCGCCGCCUCCCCCCAGCUACAACUCCCCACAAACGCAAGCCUUUCCGCCGUAUCCUCCGCCACCACCACAAGCGGCCGGCGGCUUCGGUCACUUUCCAGCACCGCCGCCCCCUCCUCAAGGCUAUCAGGGCCAAUGGCCGCCGCCGCCCCCUCCUCCCUCACACAGCUGGGCUCCUCCGCCGCCAGGCCCUGGCGUCCCGCCUCCGCACAUGGGCGGGUGGGUGGCACCCCCGCCUCCACCACCGCAGCAGUUGCAUCAUCAGUAUCAGCAGUUCGGACGAGGCAAUGGCGGGUAUCGUGGACGUGGGGGAAGGGGCGGAGGCUACGAUCGCGGCAGAGGCGGAUGGUAA